AUGUCAGCACCUUUGAAGUCAACUCCCCUCGUUGCACCAGGCCAUACCCGACCCGUGACACACCUUUCAUUCUCCCCCCUCCACGAGGAUGGAACUUACUUGCUGGUCUCAAGUUGUAAAGAUGGAAAUCCGAUGCUGAGGGAAUGGACUGGAGAUUGGAUCGGUACCUUCCUGGGACACAAGGGCGCCGUUUGGUGCACUAAAAUUUCGUUGGAUGGAUCCAGGGCCGCGUCAGGCAGUGCCGAUUUCACUGCGAAGGUCUGGGAUACUUACUCCGGCAAUUGUCUGCACUCAUUCCCCCACAAUCACAUCGUUCGAACCGUGGCGCUGUCCCCUAACUCAUCGCGCUUGCUAACCGGCGGACAAGAGAAGAAAGUACGGAUAUUCGACCUGGGACGACCUGAUGCCGACCCCGAUUUCCUCUUCGACUCCGGGAACAACUCUCAAACUCAUGAUGGAACAGUGAAGAGCGUGAUCUGGGCUGGGGAACAUACAGGUGUUACAUCUGGUGAAGACGGAAAGAUCAAGUGGUGGGAUUUGAGAACACGGAAGUUGACCACCAGCCUCGCUUUCCCUAACCCGAUCACGUCGAUGGAACUUUCGUUACAGACUCAGCGCCUUGUCGUCACGUCAGGAAACACCGUGGCGUUUAUCCCGGUUCUCCCCAACGGUCAAGGAACACACAGCCUUACUUUGCCUUACUCUCCUUCAUCGGCCUCUAUCCACCCUAUCCUCCAGGACCGAUUUGUUACCGGAAACCUGGGCGAUGAGUGGGUUCGUGUGCAUGGAAUGGACGGAGAGGAGCGUGAGGUCUUGAAAGGCCACCACGGACCCGUCCACUGCGUUGAGUUUAGUCCUGAUGGCGAAAUGUACGCCAGUGGUAGCGAGGAUGGUACGAUUCGAUUAUGGCAAACCACUCCUGGCAAGAGUUAUGGCUUGUGGCAGGGCACGAGUUAAUUCCGCAACAAUACACAGGUUUAAUUACUUGCCCGGAUACGCGUUGUAGGUAUUUUCAUGUAUUUCUCAACCUGUAUUUGCUUUCUUUCGCAAUGAAUCCGUUCGUUUGC